CCAGUCAGUGCCGAGGUGUCAGUCAGCCAGCGUGCAGCCAAUCAGCGGGGGCCCUGCGCUCGGCUUCCUCGUAUUUGGGAUAGUGGGGUGGUGUGCGCGCUGCGUGCAGGGGAGACAUUCUCCAGUCCCCGCUCAGUGAGGGAGGGACACACGCAGCUGUCAGAGGGAGACAGAGGGGGACACUGCAUCCCAGCCCGGCCAACUUCCACAGGAGUUCCCUGUACACAGCUGAGCCAUGCCCAGGCACUGAGCGGCCCCAGGGGGUAAGAGGAUGUACCAGGCACCGGAGCACCGGCUCUUUCCCAGAGGGGACCCGCGCUUCUAGCAGAGUAACUUUGUGUGAUGCCUCAGCCCUGGAAGUUUGGGACCUAUAGAGCGAACUUGUGAGCGACCUGCCCGCACCCUGCCACUUACAUGCCCGGGAGAGAGGGCGCCCACAGGUGACUGCUGCCGGGGGACUAGCACUGUGCUGCCGGAUCCGGGGACUCGGGGGCUGGGGGCUGGUUCUCUGUCAGUAGCAGCCGCUAACAGGUGAGCUGAGUGCUGCGGGGUGGAGGGUGGAAGCCCUCAGCUGGAGACACUGGGCUUAUCCUCCAAGGACGAAAGUGCAUCUCAAGGGGGAGCCGUACACAGGCUGCGGGGGAGGAGAAGAGGAACCCCCAAACCUGUGGAUUGCAGCGGGCAGGGGGGAAGCAAUGGCCACGGCUGCUUCUAACCCCUAUCUCCCCAGCAGCAGCAUCCUCUCCCCGGGCUCCAUAGUGCACUCCGACUCCGGGGGAGGAGGGGGGAUGCAGCCUGGCAGCGCCGCAGUCACCUCGGUGUCAGGCGGCUACCGGGGGGACCCCACGGUGAAGAUGGUGCAGAGUGACUUCAUGCAGGGGGCUAUGGCUGCCAGCAACGGGGGGCACAUGCUGAGCCACGCACACCAGUGGGUGACGGCGCUCCCACACGCAGCAGCGGCGGCAGCAGCAGCAGCGGCAGAGGCAGGCUCUCCUUGGUCCAGCAGCCCAGUAGGGAUGAGCGGCAGCCCGCAGCACCCGCAGCAGCAGGACGUGAAGGGGGGAGCUGGGAGGGACGAGCUGCAUCCGGUGGCCGCCCUGCAUCACCGACCGCCUCACCUCGGACCUCUCCAAGGACACCCCGGUGGCUGGGGCGCUGCAGCCGCAUCCCACAUCCAGUCCAUGACGGGAAGCUCCCAGCAGCAGCAACAGCAGCAACAGCAGCAGCAGCAGCAGCAGCAGCAGCAGCAGCAACAGGCUCUGCUCUAUUCCCAAUCCGGGGCUUUCACUGUGAACGGUAUGCUGAGCCCUCCCCCGGGGAGCCAGAGCCUGGUGCACCCGGGCCUUGUCAGGGGAGACACACCGGAGCUGGGGGAACACCCCGGGCACCAUCACCAUCACCACCACCAGCAGCACCAGCAACACCACCAGCAACAGCAGCAGCAGCACCAUGGGGGCAACAGCCACGACCCCCACUCAGACGAGGACACCCCGACCUCCGAUGACCUGGAGCAAUUUGCCAAACAGUUCAAGCAGCGCAGGAUAAAGCUGGGCUUCACCCAGGCGGAUGUGGGCCUGGCCCUGGGCACCCUCUAUGGCAACGUCUUCUCCCAGACCACCAUCUGCAGGUUUGAGGCGCUGCAGCUCAGCUUCAAGAACAUGUGCAAGCUGAAGCCCCUACUCAACAAGUGGCUGGAGGAGGCCGACUCCUCCACUGGCAGCCCGACCAGCAUCGACAAAAUCGCCGCCCAGGGCAGGAAGAGGAAGAAGAGGACCUCCAUAGAGGUCAGUGUGAAGGGGGCACUGGAGAGCCACUUCCUAAAGUGCCCUAAACCCUCGGCGCAGGAGAUCACCAACUUGGCGGACAGUCUGCAGCUGGAGAAGGAGGUGGUCAGGGUCUGGUUCUGCAACCGAAGGCAGAAGGAGAAGAGGAUGACCCCGCCAGGGAUCCAGCAACAGACGCCAGAUGAUGUCUACUCCCAGGUGGGCACCGUGGGGGCUGACACACCGCCCCCUCACCACGGGAUGCAGACUAGUGUGCAAUGACUGGAGUGGGCACCCAGCAGCUGCCUGAGCAGUGAGGCCACGGGAGAAAUCCAUCAUACACAACCACACUCACCCAGACUGCUCUUUUUUUAUAAAUAGACACAUAAAUAUAUAUACAGACAGACACGGAUAAACACUCACUGAUACAGGGCAAUUCGAGCAAUUACAUUGAUAUUGUGGCACCUGGGUGGACAAGCCAAGUGCACCAAACUGCAGAUAUUUCUUUUUAAUAUAUAUUAUAUUUUUAAUAUUGUUUUUAUUUGCCUUAGGACUCCUAUCCAGUUUCAGAAAUGAGAAACUCCUAUGUCACCUUACUAUAGAUCACUGUCCAACUAGGAUCCAGUCGGGUUUGCCCACAUCGCCACCACAACAACAAAUAAUAACAUCGGGUGACUGAAGGGUUGUUUUGUUCUUUUUAUUUUUGUUUUUUGUUGUUGUUGUUUUUUUUAACUCAAGAAAAGGUUUAUGUCCUCUGCCCGUGAUUUUAUGAAAAGGAAAAAAAUAACUAUUCGGUUGCUGCCUAGAACUUGCUGUAUCCAUUAGCCUUAUAUACAUGGCUAGUAGUCAUAACAUUGCAAGAAGAUAUAUUCAGGAACAGAAUGUGUUCAUGCCCACCAAGCCAAGCAAUGAAAUAUGCACAUAGCACUACAAGUGACUUUACAGAAGCAAAUAAAUACAUUGGAAUACAUUUAUCCCGACCAAACAAGCAGGGCACAAACAAACAUAGGAUAGACGGUCAGCUUCCUGAACUUUAUGCUCCAGUUCCUACCAGCCACAAGUGUACAGAGGGGAAUCAUUUUAAGAUGUCAAAGCAAAUCCUAUUUUUCUCGUGGCUCUUUCUAAACAUUUUGAACCCCAUCGUUUUGACCCUUGAGAUGUUUUUUUAUUAUAAUUAAAGUGAAUCCCAAUAAACUCUAAAAGAAAAAAAAGGAUUUAAUAAGUAUAUUAAAAGAAGAUUCUGAUCCUCUGUAUCUGCACUUACCCCAAACUACACCUAUAGAAAUCCGUUGCCAACCGUGAGGAUUAGAUCACUCGAUACUGCGAUUUCCAAGCAGUGUUUUUGGUAGGUUUUAAAAAAAAAAAAGACUUAAAAGAAAAGACAGAACUAAAAAAAAAAAAUUAGAUCAAUAGCUGAUCUAAAAAAAAUUGCUUUAUAUUUUCAUCAAAUGACUUCUUUUAAUAUUUUAUUCAGAAUACCUAUGAACUGCUGCAGAACGGUAAUUUAUUUUUCCCCAAAAUCUUGUAUUACGUGUUGUUUUUUUAUUUUAUUUUUUUGGUUGUUUUGUUUUUCAGACGAGCACAAAUCAUAAUUGAAAAAGAAAUAUGGACAGGUUUUAAUGGUCUCUUUUGAUGUGAUCAUUUGAUUGUAAUUUAAUUUUAGUAGUGGUUCCGUAAGAGAUGAUUGAGAAAAUAAAUUUGUUAGAAUGAUAAAGAUCUGUGUGUGUGAUGCAUAUAAAAACAAACUUGAUGUGGCAAAAUGAUUACAAAGAGGGCAGGUCCUUUAAAUGUUGUUGUUGUUGUUCUUUUUUCCAAAAAUAUUGACACUGUGUAUGAGACUUUACCAUCACUAACCGUCAUUUAAGUUGUAUUUAAGUCACUGUCAGUCUUUGUUGUCUCCCGUAACUUCAUCAUAGUGUCAAUGCCCUUUUAAUUAUAAAUAAUGUUAUAUUUAAUGGUGUAUCUCAAUGAAAUAUGCCUUAGGACUGUUUACCGUUACUUUGUGCUUUUCAUAACUAUGGUCACCAUAGCAUGUCUCACCAAACACCCAUCUCAGCAAGGCAAGAUUAUUUUGUGGGUUACUGUAAACAUUAUGUUAAAUUAAUCAACAUGCAACACUCAGGUCUGUAUUUUUUUAAAUUCCUCCUUCCACGUUGCCGCAGAAAUAAUGUCAUAUAUUUACUGGGAAGUAGGUCAUUAAAAUUGGGUUAUAUUGUAGUGUAACAUCAAUUUUCCGGGGAUUGUGCCAAGCAUUACCCCUUUUCCGAUUGUGUGUAGUGGAUUGUUUUCCUGCGCCUAGAAUAAACCAAUUGCACUGCUCUCUUAUAUUUAUCUAUGUCAUUACAUCAUAUACAUCUGAUCCAUCUUGAAAUAACUAUUUUACUACAAUCUGCGGCACCUAGGCCUGUGUUGUGUGUUGCCCAUACAUGCUGUAUGCGUGCUGCUUUUUUGCCAUGUUACAUUAUUGCAUUAAACAGUCUUUUCCUCCGUGCAGUAAAGCCACAUACAACCUCCCCUUGCAGGCCUCAUGUCAUUGGUGGCAGUCGCAUACAGAUAGAUCUCAUUGUUCUGAGAAGCUUUAUUUUAUCUCUCAGGGUGACAGUAAAAUCCCAAUUUCUAAACUCCGUGGGGAUCUUCAUGCAUAGAAAUGGACAUGACUAUGAUAAUAAUACUAGUGGACUGCAUUAGUGCAGUAGUGCUUUAUGUUUGUGUCUGCUGGCGGUUUAGGAAAAGCGUACAUUUUUAUUUCAGUUUUAGUUUAACUUAUUUUAUUUUAUUUUUUAUUCUGACUAGGGUUAACCCCUGUGUAAGUUUCCCAGUUGUCUGACUGUUAGGAUGUGCUCCAUAUGUACACGUGGGCUCCAAUCCUAUUUUUCACACAUGAACAGUGGAGGUUUAUUGAGACAGGGAGUCGCUUUAUUUGAAUGACUUACAAGCAUUAAUGACUGGACCCAGAUAGGCACCAUGGCUGUCUCUUUUGGCCUGACAUUGUUGUGUGCUGAAGGAUUUGUGAAUCACACCAGCAUGCAUUGUGCUGUGACUGUAAUGUGGUGCUUCCAGCAGAAUCACUCUGGAGGUUAUUCUGCUCUUUUGCCAAUGAUUUCUGCAAUAAGGUCACACUAUCCUUUGUAUUGGUUUUGUAUAGUGAAAAGGGCAGGGAGCUGGGAGUACAAACAAAUGAUGGAUAUAGUGGUAUGUGGCGAUUUCUGUAGUUGCUCCCAUCAUGGUUCUGUAAUAGACAAUAGAUUGCUUCUUCUGUUGAUGUUAUUUUGGCUCUGCCAGUAUAGCAGUCAGGUGCCUGGCAGUGUAUUGUAGAGACAGUGAGUCCCAUUUCUUCCUUCCCAUCUCUAUGCAUACAUAGCCCAUGUGUUCUGCUUAUAUUUGAAAGAGACCUUUCUUUCUAUGUGAUGGAUGUAAGUGAAGAUCAGCGGGCUAGGUGGUAUAUCUCCCCAUGAUGUGCUGUGAUAAGUCUCUCUCCUCCACCCCCUCCCCCAGCUCCACACUAUAUAUGUCUGAUAAUGAAUGAUUUGUAAUGACAACUGUAGAGAUUCCUCUACCAAUUUAUUGUCUACAGUUUUACCAACAACUGUAACAUGAUUUCAUAUUACUUUUUAUUUUAUUUUAUUUACAUUUGUUUUGUUCCCUUAAAUUAUAUAUUUGUAACCUAUUUAUCUUGUUAAAACAUUUUGGUUGUAUUUAUCCGUUUAUUUUCAUAAUAAAA